AUGAGAUUCGUUCCGGGAUACCUUGCCCUAUCCCUGGUCUCUUUGGGGGUUAGGAUUAGUGCUAGGCCGGCACCCCUUCCUAAAUUUUCUUAUAUCUUCACAUUUGGUGAUAGCUAUACUGCCACCGGCUUCAACUACACUGGCACCCAGCCCAACUCAUUCAACCCAAUCGGCAACCCAGCUUUCCCAGGCGACACCACAACGAACGGCGACAACUGGGUUGACUUUUUGAUUACUGAAUACAACACAUCUCUCAUCCUCGACUACGACUUUGCUGUUGGCGGCGCUACCAUUGACAACUCCAUCGUGCCCGCCUAUCUCAGCACGGUAGCGUCGUUUGUCCAGCAGGUCAAUGAUCGUUUUGCCGCACUGUCGCCAGCACCAGCAUGGGACAGUGAUGAUGCAUUAUUUACUAUCUGGUUCGGCAUCAACGAUAUUUCACGAGGCUACGAUGCUCAGACAUGGGGAAAUCUGUCACUUACGCUGGUUGAUCGGUACUUCGAUACUGUACAGACGCUAUAUGACGCCGGAGCACGGUAUUUUCUUGUCAUGACCGUGCCCCCUAUCCAGCGCUCUCCAUCAAUACUAGCUGAAAAUACCACCGCCCAGGCCACGACAGCAUAUGCUGUCGCAAGCUACAACCAGCUCAUUGCCAAGGGAGCCGAGAAGUUUCAGGGGAAGAACCCAGGUGCAACGGUGAUUGUGUUUGACACUUCUCCGUCAUUCAACAAAGCGCUGGACGACCCUACAGCGUAUGGGGCACCGAAUGCGACUUGUUAUAAUAGUGACGGAACAGACGUCGACAUGUCGAGCCCGGCUAAAUUGCGCAACGCAACGUGGUUACAUCCCAUCAGAGGCAUUGUCUACUUUCUUAGACAUCCCUUCCUAUGGCCUCUCCUCCGCGGACGUUUGCUCCCAGUAUUCCUACUCUCCGGCUUUAUCUAUACGAUCCUAUUCCUUUUCACAUAUAUCCCGCAAGUCGCCUUUCUUGCCGUCUUCCAAGGCAGCAGUGCCUGGGUGAACGGGGCGUUCCUGGUGCUGGGCGAAGGCGCGGCAAUCGUGGCCUUGCUCUUCGAAGCCUUCUUUGUCGACGAAACGCUAGUUGAUGUCUUUGAUGCCGUGCUUGUGAAGGAAGGCUUUGAGCACCUGGUCAAUAGAGAAAGGGUGAUCUAUCCGGAUGGCGCCACACCCGUGCAAAGACUGGGGAAACCAACCACAAGCGCGAUAUACGCCCCUUUUUCAAUGCGGCAGAUUAUUGAAUUUAUCGUUCUGCUUCCGCUCAAUUUCGUACCGGUCGCGGGCGUGCCCAUGUUCUUGGUUCUUACUGGCUAUCGGGCCGGCCCAUUCCACCACUGGAGAUAUUUUCAGCUUCUGGACUUUACAAAGGACAAGCGGAAACAGUUUGUUCGCAACCGGCAGUUGAAAUACACGGCUUUCGGUACCGUGGCUCUCAUCUUUCAACUGAUACCCAUCCUUUCCAUGUUUUUCCUGCUCACCAGUGCUGCUGGCUCGGCUCUCUGGGCUGCAGAAAUGGAGAAACAUAAAGAGUUUUUCGAGACGCAGAGGCCAGAGGGGGACGGAUAUGAAUAUCGUGAUGACCCGCUUUAG